GCUGCAGCCCAGCUCCGCUGCGCUCGCAGCCACCGCCUCCUCUCGGCUCCGGGUCUUCCCCUUCCUUUUACAACUGAUCCUGUUGGGGAUUUUUUUUUUCUAAAUUGGAUCAGUAGGGAGGAGCACGGAGUGUGUGGGGGGGACCAGGAGGAAGGGGAGAGAUUAGGCAGCUAUCAAUCUCCUAUUUCUUCCAGAACAGGUGAUGUUCUGAAUUGUGGCCACUUUCUGGAAGCCGCUCUGCAACUGGAAGGAUGCGCGAGACCUAGGGCGCAGGGCCUGAGGCGGCGGAUCUGAGUGCGGAGGGAGGGCGAUCCUCAACUUCGGCCGCAGCAGCCCGCCCUCGCGCGAAGAGAAAAGGACGGGUUACUAUUAUCAUUAUAUAUUUUUUUCUUCCAAGAGGGACCCAAACUUCGGCACUGAUCCCUGUCUUGGAUCGCUUUGGAGGAGACGGCUUGCUGGCAGCGUUGGGAACAGUCCGGACACUGUUGUUGUAACUCAUUUUUUUUUUUAAAGCGACAGUAGAGGAUCAGACUUUUUAAAUGUUUGGGAUUCAAGAUACUUUAGGAAGAGGACCAGCUCUGAAAGAGAAAUCUCUGGGCGCCGAGAUGGAUUCGGUCAGGUCCUGGGUCCGGAAUGUCGGCGUGGUGGACGCCAACGUCGCAGCGCAGAGCGGUGUCGCCUUGUCCCGGGCCCACUUUGAGAAGCAGCCGCCUUCUAAUUUGAGGAAAUCCAACUUCUUUCAUUUCGUGCUGGCGCUCUACGACAGGCAGGGGCAGCCAGUGGAGAUCGAGCGCACGGCCUUCGUGGACUUCGUGGAGAACGACAAAGAACAAGGCAACGAGAAGACCAACAACGGCACCCACUACAAGCUACAGCUCCUCUACAGCAACGGUGUCCGCACGGAGCAGGACCUCUAUGUCAGGCUGAUCGAUUCUGUCACCAAGCAGCCCAUAGCUUACGAGGGACAGAAUAAGAAUCCGGAAAUGUGCCGAGUUCUCCUGACUCACGAGGUGAUGUGCAGUCGAUGUUGUGAAAAGAAAAGCUGUGGAAACCGAAAUGAGACACCUUCGGACCCUGUUAUCAUUGACAGAUUCUUUUUAAAAUUUUUCCUCAAGUGCAAUCAGAAUUGUUUGAAAACAGCAGGAAACCCGAGAGACAUGAGACGGUUUCAGGUCGUGUUGUCAACAACAGUGAAUGUGGACGGGCAUGUGCUGGCUGUUUCCGACAACAUGUUUGUGCAUAACAACUCCAAGCACGGACGGAGAGCAAGAAGACUCGACCCCUCAGAAGCCACCCCCUGCAUCAAAGCCAUCAGCCCCAGUGAAGGGUGGACCACAGGGGGAGCCAUGGUCAUCAUCAUCGGCGACAACUUCUUCGAUGGUCUACAAGUGGUGUUUGGCACCAUGCUGGUUUGGAGCGAGCUAAUAACCCCUCAUGCCAUCAGAGUGCAGACCCCUCCACGGCACAUCCCCGGCGUGGUGGAAGUGACACUGUCGUAUAAAUCCAAACAGUUCUGCAAAGGAGCCCCAGGAAGGUUCAUUUACACAGCGUUAAAUGAACCCACCAUAGACUAUGGCUUCCAGAGACUGCAGAAAGUUAUUCCCAGGCACCCGGGAGAUCCGGAGAGAUUAGCAAAGGAAAUGCUGCUAAAAAGAGCUGCAGAUCUAGUGGAGGCCCUUUAUGGCACACCCCACAAUAACCAGGACAUCAUUUUGAAGCGAGCCGCUGACAUUGCUGAGGCCCUCUACAGUGUGCCCAGGAAUCCCAGCCAGAUCCCAGCCCUGUCCAGCUCCCCAGCUCACAGUGGCAUGAUGGGAAUCAAUUCAUAUGGCAGCCAGCUGGGGGUCAGCAUCUCAGAGUCAACACAAGGAAAUAAUCAAGGGUAUAUCCGCAACACGAGCAGCAUCUCCCCUCGGGGAUACUCCUCCAGCUCCACACCACAGCAGUCUAAUUACAGUACCUCCAGCAACAGUAUGAACGGCUACAGCAAUGUGCCCAUGGCCAACCUGGGCGUUCCUGGAUCGCCGGGAUUUCUCAACGGCUCGCCCACCGGCUCCCCAUACGGAAUCAUGUCGUCGAGUCCCACCGUCGGCUCUUCCAGCACGACCUCCAUCCUCCCAUUCUCCUCUUCAGUUUUCCCUGCUGUCAAACAGAAGAGUGCCUUUGCCCCUGUCAUCAGGCCCCAAGGCUCCCCCUCACCUGCCUGCUCCAGUGGCAAUGGAAAUGGAUUCAGAGCCAUGACCGGACUUGUUGUACCCCCAAUGUAAAGAGGAGGAGGAACUGCUUUCUCAUAGCACAAAACUACUUAUUCUGAUGGACCAAUAAUGAGGAAAAGCACUCUGAGCUCUUUAGGGAGAGUUGUGCCCCAAAUGGACGUGAUCGACAUAUUUGGGAAUGCAAGGAGCCGCCAUCUUGCUUGGUCUUACAUUUCCCUCGUAGCUCUGAUGGUAGCUACACAAACUGACCCUCCUGGGGACAAGGACAAAAGUUGUCAUUGAUGUGGUCAGUGCUAAGAGCAGAAAUGCGAUUCUUUGUUAUGAACAUUAUGAAAACCACCUUCCUAUGUUUGUAAAAUAUUUAAGAAAAAAAAUUGGCAAACAAUUCAUGCUUAAUAUUUUGGAUACUAUUUGUUUUUCUUUGUAGGAAAAAAAAGUUGAAAGUUUCUAUUUUCUAUGAAGCCUUUCAGAUAACAAUUUAGUUUAUGCAGAAAAAAAAUUGAACAAAACAGGGUACCAGCAUGGAAGACUUUCUUAACAUGAAAACUGAAUUGAAUGAUGAAACGUUGUAUGUGUGUUUCCUUAUAGUUUAAUCUCUUAAAAAAAAAACAAACAAAAACAGGAAAAAAUUUUAAAAUGUUUUACAGUUAUUUAAAUAAAUAAACGUGUAACUUAUUGUAAGUAGAAGUAGAAAUUAAGACCUUUUUCUGGAAGAGAGAGGGAUUUCUCUUCCUGAUGUAAAAUGAAAAUGAUGCAAACAUGUAGUAACCAGUUUUGAAGGUGUGUGAUAAUGACUACAGUUAUUUACUAGACUCUUACCCCCGUCAUGCAUCCCCCUCUUUUUCUAUCAUUUUAUUGACCCGUGAGCAAGAACAUGUACCUUAUGUAGGUUUCCUACAGUACAGUACGCUACAUAAAAACAGGACACAAGUACAUGCACACGCACAAGUCCUCACACCCGAUACUUGCUUCCCAGCUCUGUCUUCUCAGUAGUCUACAUUUCCCUUUUGGUGUUCGCUCUUUGUGAAUAGUUUUCUUUUUUAAAAAAAAUCCACAUUAGCUUUCAGCAUUAUCCCCUGAGCAAGGCAGAGAAUUCUUUGCUUUAGUCCCAAGCUUUGAGCAUCCCAAGGAAAGAAGGGUCUCACCUUUGGGAAGCGCAAAAGCCAAAAGGUUUUGCUAACCAAGGGCUCCUUUGGAAUUCUUCCUUGCCAGAACCACACAUGCCCUCUUCUUUUGGUUAACAGGCUCAGUACAGAGACCUAAAGCCCCACGGAACUCCAGAAACAGAGUCUGGAGAAGUUAACUUUGUUUCUGGGACUCUUAAGAUCAAUUUUAGAAUAAAGUCCUUUACUUUCUUUGUAGAUUGCCCCUUUUAUGUUCUUAAAUUCACUUAAAAAUCCCACUUGACUGUUUCUGAGCAAGAGAGGGAUGGAAUGUGGAGGAGUGAAGUUAAAAAUCCCUGAGCCCCUCUCCUGAUGUUCAGAGACAUGGAAACCGAGAUGCUUGGUGGAAGCUCAGAGAUUAGGGCACUUGUGCUCCAAGCAGCAUAGGUACCCAGCCCUCUGAUGAGCUCCCCAUAGUUUUGUGACCAGCUCUUAGGGGGAACUUUGCAGUAGCUGCUAACAUGGUUGACUCCUGAGAGCGUGUGGGAUCCAGGAGAUGCACCCAGGCUCACUUGGAUUGCAAAUAGGAUGCCACUUCCUCCCCCAUCAGAGUUCCCAUUGGCUCAUUGAAAGCAGGGUAAGGUUGAUAGGCAGGUUUAGUUUUGGACUCUUGGCUGGGUUCUAACGUUAGAAAUUGAUGCAGCUCUUAUGGCAAAACAUCUAUAGUGCAAGGGAGCCAAUUUCAGAUGACCUUCUCUGCCUCACCGGUACAUAUCCACAUCAACUCAACCCCAGCUGUCCUAUUCCUCUCCGGUUCAUCCUGGAAUUACCCAGUGUGAUCAACAUUUUUCUGUAUGCACAUGAGAAUCCAAGGCUUUGGAAAUCUGGCAUGCUUUUAACUACUGUGGACAGUCCCUUCCAGUCAGGGCUUGCAGCAGCAAAAUACACAGAAGCACACAAGCAAAAUUUCCCCAGUGAACAAUUCCACAGACGGGGAGAAUGAGCGGAAUGUGAACAUUACCAUCCCAAAGUGAAGGCAGACACAAUUAAGCAUGUCUAGACCUGGAUUUGAGCCAAUCCAACAUAAGGAAAAUUUUUUUUUUAAGUAGCAUUGCUUUUAGAACCUGUGAAUUUUGUUCUUGCAUGAAGAUGAGUGCAGUACUGUCUUCAAAAUGACUGUAGAAUUUGUUGGUAGCUUUACACCAAAAAGUGUGUGUAACUAAAUACCGGACAUCCUUGACCAUUCAGCUAGAACCUUGGCAGCAACAGAUCUAUUUAAUUGUACAAAUGUGUGUAAGGAUUAUUUUUAGUGUACUAAUAAAUUAAAAGCAAAGCUACUCUGUCCUCUUUAGUCAUUGCUAUUGAAUCAUCCUGGCCCCAGGUUAUUUUUUGCCCAUUGGAAUAUGAGUAUUUCUAUAUGUAACUUACAAAAUUCUAUCCUAUCUUUCCUAAGAGGAGCUGUGUAUGAUUUUUUCAUUUAAAGGAACGAUUUACUUCAUUAUUUAUCUCACUUUUUGUUAUAGCAUCAAAAUUCUUCCCAGUUUUUCUUUGCACAUUUCAAUAUGCAUGGUUUAAAAACCAUUAUCUUCUCUACCUUUUGUACAGUAAGGUCUCAUUUUCAAGCUGUACAGUUUCACUUUAUUGUUUCGCUUUGUCGGUUAUAUACAGUAUAAAGUUGCUAUGCACAGAGCUUUUUGUAAAGACAGCUUUUUUGUUUACUGUUUUUAAUGGUCUUACUUAUGAAAGAAUAUCUUGUUUGUAAAAUGAAUAAUGUCUACUUCAGUUU